AUGGAUUUCUAUAACGACACUCACGUUUCUCUCGGACACAAUAAUUCAUCAGCACGAGCUGCUGAUGGGGCGCCUCACUCCAGUGCUAUCCUCCCUGUAAUCUUUGGCAUCAUCUGCUUUCUGGGUAUCAUCGGCAACUCCAUUGUCCUGUACACCAUCAUGAAGAAAACAAAGUGCCACGCCAAGCAAACUGUCCCGGACAUUUUUAUCUUAAAUCUUUCCAUUGUAGAUCUCCUGUUUCUCCUUGGGAUGCCAUUCCUCAUCCACCAGUUGCUGGGUAAUGGUAGCUGGCACUUCGGAGCCACGAUGUGUACGGUCAUCACUGCACUUGACUCCAACAGCCAGAUUGUCAGCACUUACAUCCUGACUGCAAUGACCCUCGACCGUUACUUGGCUACCGUCCAUCCCAUUCGCUUCAACUACGUCCGCACGCCCUGCGUGGCAGCGGUGGUCAUUGUCAUGGUGUGGGGUCUGUCCUUCCUUACCAUCAUCCCAGUGUGGAUGUACGCAGGCCUGAUGCCUCUUCCAGACGGCCUGGUGGCCUGCGCGCUCCUCCUGCCUGACCCGGUCAACAACACGUACUGGUUUACUCUUUACCAGUUCUUUUUGGCCUUUGCGAUGCCCUUUGUGAUCAUCUGCCUGGCGUUCUUCAAGAUCCUCCAAAACAUGUCCACCAGCGUGGCGCCGCUGCCCCCGCGGAGCUUGAGGGUUCGAACGAGGAAGGUGACGCGGAUGGCGGUGGUCAUCUGCUUGGCUUUCUUCAUUUGCUGGGCUCCUUACUACAUCCUCCAGCUGAUCCACCUCGGCGUGCAGAAGCCAAGCCUCGCCUUCUCCUACGCGUACAACAUAGCCAUAAGCAUGGGCUACGCUAACAGUUGCAUCAACCCAUUUAUCUUUAUCAUCCUCAGUGACACCUUCAAGAGGCAGUUUCUCAGAGCUGUACAUCAAAUCAACAGGAAGAUUCACGUCAACACGAGCACCACCGAUGGCGGCAGUGUGAGCAUGCGAAUGGUACCAGACGGGGGUCAGCAGGGGCCAGCGCCGCGGGAGAUGAUACCGUCUAAUGUGGCCCCACAGUAAAUCAAAAAUAUGCGGCUAAAAAGUCGAAAUGAUUUCUUCUGCUUUCCAUUACUCAGUCCAUAGUCACUGAUUUCCAACACCUGAUGGCUUUCAAAGCUUUAUGCAGCUGCUUACAGAGCUUCAGUGGUUUAAAAAUGCAAAAAAACCACCUGAGCUCACAGUACGCUAACGUCAAAUAUCCGUCUUAACAUUUCAAGUAAGAAACAACUGCAUUUGCAUAUAGACCCAUUCAUCUUCUAUCCUCCACAUGAGGGUCGCGGGUGGCGCUGUGCCUGUGCAUGUAGAUAAACAAAAAACAAUCUGAUAGUUUUGCUCAGCUAAACACAUCCACAUCAUACACAGUGAAAAUAGUUAGAAAAACUAACCUCUAAUGUACCAGCCCACACGGACUCCCAGAAUCCCUGCUUUUCAUGCAAAUGUUGCUAUUUUCUGCUGCAGUGUUUGUGCCGUCAUUAUUUUACGUCAUGAUUUAA